AUGUCUCUCCGCAUUGCUCCCCCAUCGGGCAACCCAACCCAAGCCUCCAACACUACGACUCGGUACACACGCCCUUCAAAAGGAGCUCCCUCAGCACCCGGUCUGCCCGACACCCUUCGUAACAAGAUCACUCUCCCCGCCGAUGCCACUUCCUCCUCUACCAACAACCCCGGUCUCAGCGAAAUCCCAUCUUCCACACACCCACUGGAGGCCCGCCUCCUCGCCUGGCGUGCAACGCAAGAUUCAUUGAAGAUGGAAGGCCUGCGUCGAGCUUAUGGUAUCGCCGAACCUGUCCGCCGCGGAAUGGAGCUGAAGAUUGUGCGGGACAGCACUUUCCGUCCUGCCGUGCUGGGUGGCCUGAAGGGUGGUAAUAUUCAUGAGGAUAUCCUGGUACUUGGAGGUCGGGAUACCGAGAUUGGAUGGGAAGAUGUAUUCCACGGCGACGAAUUCAGGGAACCACCUACCUUCCACGAUGAGAUGGAGAAGCGAUUGAAGAUCGAGUUUUAG